AGGAGAGAGCAGCAGCCUGAGUUGCAGCAGAGCCACUUCCUGCAGCGCUUGCAGCAGCAAGGCAGGGCUGUGUUGGACACCCAACCAGGAGCAAUCCCCCCUGCAGCUGAGACCAUGGGCCAGAAUGAUCUGAUGAGCACCGCUGAGGACUUUGCAGACCAAUUCCUGAGAGUGACGAAGCAGUACCUUCCCCACGUGGCCCGCCUGUGUCUGAUCAGCACCUUCCUGGAGGAUGGCAUCCGCAUGUGGUUCCAGUGGAGCGAGCAGAGGGAUUACAUUGACGCCACGUGGAACUGUGGCUAUUUCCUGGCCUCCAUUUUCGUGUUCAUCAAUCUCUUCGGACAGCUGAGUGGCUGUAUCCUGGUGCUGAGCAGGAACUUGGUGCAGUAUGCCUGCUUUGGAUUGUUUGGAAUUAUAGCAUUACAGACCAUUGCAUACAGCAUACUAUGGGAUCUGAAGUUUUUGAUGAGGAACCUUGCACUGGGGGGAGGUUUGCUGCUGCUUUUGGCUGAGUCACGCUCAGAGGGGAAGAGCAUGUUUGCUGGUGUCCCUACUAUGCGGGAAAGCUCUCCUAAACAGUACAUGCAGCUGGGUGGACGUGUGCUGCUAGUUCUUAUGUUCAUGACACUGCUCCAUUUUGAUUCCAGCUUCUUUUCUAUCUUGCAGAACAUCGUGGGCACAGCCCUGAUCAUCUUGGUGGCAAUUGGCUUUAAGACAAAGCUGGCUGCCUUGACUCUGGUCAUCUGGCUGUUUGCCAUCAACAUCUACUUCAAUGCCUUCUGGACCAUUCCCGUCUACAAGCCCAUGCAUGAUUUCCUCAAAUACGACUUCUUCCAGACCAUGUCUGUCAUUGGAGGGCUCCUCCUGGUGGUGGCCCUUGGUCCAGGGGGUGUCUCCAUGGAUGAGAAGAAAAAAGAGUGGUAACAGGAACACCAGCACUUCUUAGGACAUGACACCUUAAGUCCAGGACUAAUUCUCUAUGGAUUCAACAAGAACUGCCAACACUUUACACGUAAUGGCCCCCUUCCCCUGUUAAAGGCACAGAUGUUUUGAGAAUCUAAUUUAGUGGCACCAGUACAAUAACACACACAUCCUGUUUCUUGGAGGGACAUGGCUAAGGUUUGUCGUUUUAACUUCUUAGAAUUGGAAUUAACCCAAGGAACCUGCAGUUCUGAGUAUUUCAGUGUUGCAAUAGAAGAGUCACUGCCCCUUCUGCCAGUAACAGCUUUUUAAAUUUAAAGUACUGUGAGCAGAGGCAACCGUAUCACUCAUUCAGUGUGCUGUUGGGUUAAUCCUCACUUAUAUUUUAGCUACAGCCAAACGAGUUAAUUCCCUCAUCAGAACUCAAAAGCCUGUCCCAUCAGAAAUGCCAGCAGUUGGCUUUAGCAUGGUUUGUUUUAGUGAAAACUUACUUCAAGAGAAAUUAUUAUGAAAAACAACAAUACAGUAUUAUAUACCGUUUCCACAGCCAAACCGCAUGAAGGGAAAAAGCAAAGCCCAGCUCUAGGCAUUUUUCACUAGAUGAGGAAAGGAAAAGGUUUUUUCCUUUAAGGAAGAUGGAAGAUAUCACUUUCUUAAGGGGACAAAAGAGGUAAAGAAGCUGAAUUGCUUAUAUGAGUUCAAUAAGGGAGUUUGGGGAGUAUCAUUUCAAGUUACUGAAGUGCUGUGCCAACAUCAAUCCCAUUCAGUGUUUUUUUUUUUCCCUGUGUCAGAGGAGCAAAGCUAUACUGCUCUUCCCAAGAGACUCUUCCAUCAUCUACAACCCAGCUUUGACUUCAGUUUUUUUCCCUCUAAAUAUUACCUUCAACCUUAGCUGUUAUUGUUGUAAACAAUCUGUAGGAUGAUGACCCCUUUCCGUGCACUCAGCUGAAAGCUCUGAAACAGUGUUUUGCAGUGUGUGCAGGUUAGGAGCAGUGUCUGUGCUUCUAGGCUAUCGGUCCCCGUCUCUCCCCUGAUGUAUUUUUGUCAGUGUCUCUUGCAAAGGCUUUUAAAACCUUAACUUGCAGUGUCAGGUUGUAGACUUCUGAAGAGGGGCCGGGCUGUGGCAUUUCUGCACGUAUUUGUGGGCACAGGGAAAGUUUUCCUGCCACAGCUCUGUUGAUCUAGUCCUAAAUACUGCCCAGCUAUUAGCCCUGUGAUACCUUGUCCCUUUGAGUCUCUGUUCUCAGUCUGCCUUGCUUCUGACAGCAGCAGACUAGAAUUUCAUAGCAUCUGAUUAGCAAAGAGUGGUAACUUAGUCCUUCUUACGUUCUGGUAGUUUCAGCGAAAGGGAGAAGGGAUAGUCCUCCAGUUUAAUGGGCUGAGA